AUGACUGAGACCAAAUCCCUUACAUUGAACGGAGCCUCCCAUACGAAUGGAAAGGCGCACACGAACGGCAAAAUCAAGGUUAAUGGAGAUGUCCAACCCAAUGAGCAGCUCGUGGAUGCGUUCGCCGACGGAACCGUAGCAAUCUCCGCCAACACACCCGAGCUGGUCCCUGGCCUUGUCGACCAGGUUGCUUCCCUUGGCAAGGAUGUCAAUCUUCAGGAUCACAAGGAUCGUUCGACGCUUCUAGAGGCGGCUCGAUCGUUGGUAUAUGCGCUUGAGACGCCGCGCGAGGCUAUGAUCAGAUACUGCUGGUCUCAGGCUACCCUUUACGCUGCCCUGGAGACAGGUGUUGAUCUAGAUGUCUUCGCCGUCUUGUCCAAGGAUGAGAAGCCUAAGACUGCUACUGAUUUGGCAGCUGCCACAGGUGCUGAUCCGGUCAUGCUUGCUCGUAUCCUGAAGCACUUGGCCGCAAUGGGCGUUAUUCUCGAGACUGGCCCUAACGAAUACCGUCGUACCGGUAUCUCUUCCUCCUUGUCUAUGAAGCGAUACAACGAUGCAUACCCUUGCAUGACAAACUGCAUCACCGCCGGAGUCCUGGCUCUCCCCGCCCAAUUGAAGAAAGACAGCUAUGCCAACCCCUCCAACGGCAAAGACUGCGCCUUCCAGCGUGGUUUUAACACAGACCUCCACUUUUUCGAGUUCAUGAAAGCAAACCCCGAAAUCGCCAGCCAAUUCAAUAAUCACAUGUCCGCCUACCACCAAGGCCGUCCCAGCUGGAUGGAUGUCGGCUUCUACAACGUCCCAAGCCUCUUCCCCAACGUCGAACAAAAUGACGUACUCCUCGUCGACGUUGGCGGCAGCAUGGGCCAUGAUCUCUCUGAAUUCCGCCGCAAGUGGCGCGAUGCUCCUGGCCGUUUGGUGCUGCAGGAUCUACCGGAGGUCAUCGCACAAGCCAAGAUUAUGCAACUGCACUGGUCGAUUGAGGCUAUGGAGCAUGACUUUUUCACUGAGCAGCCUAUCAAGGGCGCUCGCGCUUAUUAUAUGCACUCUGUUCUGCACGAUUGGACAGACGAUCACUGCCGCAAGAUCCUGACGGGUCUCGUGGGGGCUAUGAAGCGGGGAUACAGCAAGGUGCUGAUUAAUGAGAAUGUUAUUCCUGAUACGAACGCGUACUGGGAGACGACUAGUUUGGAUCUGAUCAUGAUGGCUGAUUUCGCUUCGACGGAGCGCACUGAGGCUCACUGGCACAGGCUGGUGGAGUCUGCUGGGUUGAAGAUUACGAAGAUUUGGAGUGCUCAGAAGGGUGUUGAGAGUCUUAUUGAGUGUGAAUUGGCAUAG